AUGGGUCAACCAGGGCAUGUAAAUAUUCCUCCCAGCCCUCAUACCUGCCAACUCUCCAUCAUCAACACGACGUGCGACAUCUGCGUUCCUCCUCCAUGGCUUGUAGAGCCACCAAUCGAAGGGUAUGAAUGGAUGAACCUGCCGACCUACUCGUUUCACAUCAAGCAUGCUUCUUCAGGGACCGAACUGCUCUUCGACCUGGGCGGUCGCAAAGACUGGGAGAAUUUUGUGCCCAAUUUGGCCAACUUGAUCCGCGAGCAGAUGCGCGGUCUACGGGUCCAGAAGGAUGUCAUAGACAUUUUGCCAGAUGGUGGCGUUGACAUCAACAAUGUUCAGGCGGUGGUGUUCAGCCACCAUCAUUGGGAUCAUGUCGGCGCCCCUGGCAAUCUGCCCAAGUGUGUCCGGUUGGUCGUGGGGCCUGGAUUUCGGGAUGCAUUCCUACCUGGAUACCCGACGAAGCCCGACUCGGAGUUCCACGAGGCAGACUUCGAGGGUCGAGAUGUGGUGGAAGUGGCCUUCACGGACGACUUGAAGAUCGGGAAGUUUCAAGCACACGACUAUUUCGGCGAUGGCAGCUUUUAUAUCUUGAACGUGCCUGGGCAUGCGAUCGGGCAUGUCUCUGGUCUGGUCCGCACCACACCAGAUACUUUCGUCUUCCUGGGAGGCGAUGUAUGCCAUCAGGCGGGAGUGUUUCGACCGACCAAGUCGAUACCACUGCCGGAUCAGAUCCCGGACGAAGCUGUACUUGACCAGCGAAUACCCCGGCCAUGCCUUUGUACGGGCUUCUUGUCAUCUCACCCCGACCAAGCCAACGGUCGCACAACUCCCUUCCUGAAAAUCCCGACUGCUGCAGGAAGCUGGUACCGUGAGCCUGAAGUGGCUCGACAGUCGGCACAAGGUGUUGAGGAGUUUGACGCUGACCCGAACGUGCUGGUGGUCAUCGCUCACGACCCAACGUCGCUAGAGGUGUUUGAUUUCUUCCCCAAGGCUAGUAUGAAUGACUGGCAGAAGAAAGGCUGGAAGCGAGCAGCUCAUUGGGGGUUUUUGAGCGAGCUACCAUACAACGGCAAGACAGUGAGGCCGACAUUGGUGGAUGGAUUGUAUGACAAGGAGGGGAGGAAGCUUCGAGGAUUGGAUGUGAAUGAGCCAUUAGCUGUAUAUACCUGA